GGAGGAAUGUUUACACCAUGCUCAUUAAGAGAGCGGCGCAUUUGUGAGAUUAGGGACCGAAAUCUGGUGGACAGCUUACACUGGAGGAGAUAAGGCGGCGAAGGCGACCAUCGGAGACCAGAUCCAAUUACUGAGACCUGGGCGAAAGGGGGUGGGAUCCGGGGGAGAGGCGUCUGCAUCACAAGUGCCCGGCCAGAGCUUCCAGACUUGACGAGCUCCGUAUAUAUAUAUCUAUCUAUCUCUAUCCACUGCGCUGAGCCUGGGACGGCCGUAUCUCUCUCUAGGUGAAGCCAUGGGAAGGGUGACCAUGAGGUUGGUGGCCUUGCAGAUGUGGGCCCUUGUGUUGCUCAGGUUUGGAGACGGAGGCCCCAUCCGAGACCUGGAUGCGCCGGAGGACGUGGCCUUCUUCGACGAGCAGGACCCCGUCCUGCAGAACCUGUUGAAGGCCCUCAACAUCUCCGAGGUCCCCGUCCAGGAGCCGGCCAAGGUGGAGCCUCCUGAAUACAUGCUGGAGCUCUUCCACCGCUUCGCCCUGGACAAGAGCUCCAUGCCCGCCGCCAACAUCGUCCGCAGCUUCAAGAACGAAGAGCGGCCGUGGCGGCCCGUGUCCUCUCCCGGCGCCCGGCGGUACCCGCUGCUCUUCAACGUCUCCGUCCCGGACUUUGAGAAGAUCACGCUGGCGGAGCUGCGUCUCUUCACGCUGGUGGAGCGGGACCACGCGCGGUACGACAGCCUGGGCGGGAAGGUGACGGUGCUGGAGGUCCACCAAGGCGGAGGCGGGGAGGAUCCUAAGAGGAGGGUCCUGGCCUCCAGGCACACCUUCGGCACCGACCACGAGUGGAAGACCUUCGAGGUGACGGAGGCCGUCCGCAAGGCACAUCGACUCCACGCCAGCCUUCUUCGCCUGGAGGUCCAGAUCGAGAACCGAGGAGGAGGAAGAGGAGGAGGAGGAGGACGGGACCCCGAGAGGAGAGUGGACGUCGACCUGGACACGGAGGCCAAGCACGAGCCGCUCCUGAUCGUCUUCUCCGACGACCGGAGCCAGGCCGCGAGGGAGGCCCAGCUCCAGCUCAACGAGAUGAUGGAGCACGAAGGGCCGGUGGCGCCGGAGGAGGAGGAGGAGGAGAACCCCUGGGACCGGGACGGAGACCUCCUCCAGAUGCGCUCCAACCUGAUCUACGACUCGGCCUCUCGCCGGCGGAGGAACGCCAAGGCCGGGGUGGGCGCGGGCUGCAAGAAGGCCUCGCUCCACGUGGACUUCAAGGAGAUCGGCUGGGACUCCUGGAUCAUCGCCCCGCUGCACUACGACGCCUUCCAGUGCCGCGGGGCCUGCGCCUUCCCGCUGGACGGGCCGCCCUCCACCACGCACGCCAUGGCCCGGGCCCUCCUCCGCCUCGGGGACCCCGACCGGGCCGCCCCCGUCUGCUGCGUGCCCACCCGCCUGGCCCCCAUCUCCCUCCUCUACCUGGAGAAGGGCGUCGUCACCUUCAAGACCAAGUACGAGGACAUGGUGGUGGCCGAGUGCGGAUGCCGGUAGGGCCGCCCCAAGCCCCCCCCCCCCGGUCAGUGUGGACGGACUCCGGCCCUUGUACAGCCCCCCCCCCCGGUCUCAUUUGGGAGGCGUGUACAGGUCACGGACACGGGGGUACAACGGGGCACUGAGACGGUCAGGGAAGAUGGCGUGGCCCGUGCGGAAAGCGGAGAGACUAAGUGAAAGACAGGAUGCUAUAGGUGCGACUCAUGCGCUGCAGCACAGACUGGAUCCACACUGGGAUAUCAUGCGUUAUCGCAGGCACGGGAAAACUUUAGUUUCCCCUCCAUCCGGUAGGACAGGUCACCAUAGGUGUGAAUUAUGCACUGCAGCACAGACUGGAUCCACACUGCCGUACAAUGCGCAUAAGGUCUGACAUGCUAGGUCCAGCAUGUAAUGUCUUUCUCUAAUCCUCCUCCUCCUCCUCUCCAGAUGCUAGAGAAGUACAGGUCACCAUAGGUGCAACUCAUGCGCUGCAGCACAGACGGGAUCCACACUGGGAUAUCAUGCGUUAUCGCAGGCACGGGAAAACUUUAGUUUCCCCUCCAUCUGGUAGGACAGGUCACCAUAGGUGCGAUUCAUGCGCUG